AGCCCCCGGAGCGCCAUUCGCGGAGCGGCUUACGCUAGUCGCCGGGCGUACCGCGCCCCAGCGGCCGGGGAGGUGCGCUGCCCGGCUCCCGUAAAGUUAUUGUGAAUGGGGAGCGGGUGACGUCAGCGCCGAAUGUCAACAAUGUAGCGAUUGAGAGUGUGGGCGUUCCGGGGAGAGCGCAAGCCGCGCGGCGCGGAGCAAACAGCGCCGAGCCGCCGCCGCCUCAGCAGCAGCAGCAGCAGCAGCAGCAGCAGCAGCGGCCGUGCACGCCCGGGCUGCGGUCGCACAGCGCUAACGUGAGCGGCCGCCGCCCUCGCCACCCCGCCUGCCCACUCCCGCCGCCGCCCCGCUCUCGCUUUCCCUCCGGUCGCCCCUUCCCCUCCCCCUUCCCGGCGCACUCGGGGGGCUGGGAACGAGCUGCCAUGUGAUGCGCGUCCCCUCCGCGAGCUUUCGGUGACCCCCGAACUGCCCACCUCGCCGGCUGCUGGGAGGGGGCUGCGAGCCGGGAAGACGCGGGGAAGAGGAGGCGGAAAAGGACGCGAAGUUCUCCGGUGAGCGCGUUCAUUCACAUAGCUCCCAGUUUUAACAUUUCGCCACCUACUGAAGACAUCAUUUGGGGCCAAGCUGAUGAGCCCUUGAAGCAUAGCAGUGCAGCUGUCUGCUUCAGAAAGUGAGGGCUCCAGGAAUGAGGAGAAUCUUCAAGAGCUGCCUCGCAUUGUGACAUGUCUGAUCCCUUGCUCCCAUCCCUGCAGCAUGAACAAGGUGGACACUCACUGACCUGUCACAAGGUUGCCCCACAACACUUUGGGGUCCAUGUCUGAAUGGAUUGCCGGAGCCUCCUCAUCUCUCCCUUUGCCCAGUUCCCUGCAUCCUAAGACUCGAAGCCAGCACAGGACCUGGAAAAAUUACAUGUAAAAGAAGAAAAACGCAAGUGGAAGAGACUUCUCAGAUCAGCAGGAACUGGAAUGUGUUCAAGUCUUGGCAGAGCCAGGGUGUGAACGGCAUGUCUGUGGAUGAGAAGCCUGACUCCCCCAUGUAUGUGUAUGAGUCCACAGUCCACUGCACCAACAUCCUCCUGGGCCUCAAUGACCAGCGGAAAAAGGAUAUUCUCUGUGACGUGACUUUGAUCGUGGAGAGGAAGGAGUUCCGGGCCCACCGGGCUGUGCUGGCCGCAUGCAGUGAAUACUUUUGGCAGGCGCUGGUUGGACAGACAAAAAAUGACUUGGUGGUCAGCUUGCCUGAGGAGGUCACGGCCAGGGGCUUUGGGCCGCUGUUACAGUUUGCCUACACUGCCAAGCUGUUACUCAGCAGAGAAAACAUCCGCGAGGUCAUCCGCUGUGCUGAGUUCCUGCGCAUGCACAACCUGGAGGACUCGUGCUUCAGCUUCCUGCAGACCCAGCUCCUGAACAGUGAGGAUGGCCUGUUUGUGUGCCGGAAGGAUGCUGCGUGCCAGCGCCCGCACGAGGACUGCGAGAAUUCUGCAGGAGAGGAGGAAGAGGAAGAGGAGGAGACGAUGGAUUCAGAGACGGCCAAGAUGGCUUGCCCCAGGGACCAGAUGCUUCCAGAGCCCAUCAGCUUUGAGGCCGCCGCCAUCCCCGUAGCAGAGAAGGAAGAAGCCCUGCUGCCCGAGCCUGACGUGCCCACGGACACCAAGGAGAACUCAGAAAAGGACGCGUUAACGCAGUACCCCAGAUACAAGAAAUACCAGCUUGCAUGUACCAAGAAUGUCUAUAAUGCAUCAUCACACAGUACCUCAGGUUUUGCAAGCACAUUCCGAGAAGAUAACUCUAGCAACAGCCUCAAGCCGGGGCUUGCCAGGGGGCAGAUUAAAAGUGAGCCGCCCAGUGAAGAGAAUGAGGAAGAGAGCAUCACGCUCUGCCUGUCUGGAGAUGAGCCUGACACCAAGGACAGAGCGGGGGAUGUCGAGAUGGACCGGAAACAGCCCAGCCCUGCCCCUACCCCCACGGCCCCAGCUGGGGCCGCCUGCCUGGAGAGAUCCAGGAGCGUGGCCUCGCCCUCCUGCUUAAGGUCUCUGUUCAGCAUAACGAAAAGUGUGGAGCUGUCUGGCCUGCCCAGUACAUCUCAGCAGCACUUUGCCAGGAGUCCAGCCUGCCCUUUUGAUAAGGGAAUCACUCAGGGUGACCUUAAAACUGACUACACCCCUUUCACAGGGAAUUAUGGACAGCCCCACGUGGGCCAGAAGGAGGUGUCCAACUUCACCAUGGGGUCGCCCCUCAGGGGGCCUGGGUUGGAGGCUCUCUGUAAACAGGAGGGAGAGCUGGACCGGAGGAGCGUGAUCUUCUCCUCCAGCGCUUGUGACCAAGUGAGCACCUCGGUGCAUUCUUAUUCUGGGGUGAGCAGUUUGGACAAAGACCUCUCUGAGCCGGUGCCAAAGGGUCUGUGGGUGGGAGCUGGCCAGUCCCUCCCCAGCUCGCAGGCCUACUCCCACGGUGGGCUGAUGGCCGACCACUUGCCAGGAAGGAUGCGGCCCAACACCAGCUGCCCGGUGCCAAUCAAAGUCUGCCCUCGCUCACCCCCCUUGGAGACCAGGACCAGGACUUCCAGCUCCUGCUCUUCCUAUUCCUACGCGGAGGACGGGAGCGGGGGCUCACCCUGCAGCCUCCCUCUCUGUGAGUUCUCCUCCUCGCCCUGUUCCCAGGGAGCCAGAUUCCUUGCCACAGAACAUCAGGAACCAGGCCUGAUGGGAGAUGGAAUGUACAACCAAGUGCGGCCCCAAAUUAAAUGUGAGCAGUCUUACGGAACCAACUCCAGUGACGAAUCCGGAUCGUUCUCGGAAGCAGACAGUGAGUCGUGUCCUGUGCAGGACAGGGGCCAGGAGGUAAAACUUCCUUUUCCUGUAGAUCAAAUCACAGAUCUUCCAAGGAACGAUUUCCAGAUGAUGAUUAAGAUGCACAAGCUAACCUCAGAACAGUUAGAGUUCAUUCAUGAUGUCCGACGGCGCAGCAAGAACCGCAUUGCGGCCCAGCGCUGCCGCAAGAGGAAACUGGACUGUAUUCAGAAUUUAGAAUGUGAAAUCCGCAAAUUGGUGUGUGAGAAGGAGAAACUGUUGUCAGAGAGGAAUCAACUGAAAGCAUGCAUGGGGGAACUGUUGGACAACUUCUCCUGCCUUUCCCAGGAAGUCUGCCGAGACAUCCAGAGCCCCGAGCAGAUCCAGGCCCUGCAUCGGUAUUGCCCUGUCCUCAGACCCAUGGACUUGCCCACGGCCUCCAGUAUUAACCCUGCGCCCUUGGGUGCUGAGCAGAACAUUGCGGCCUCCCAGUGCGCAGUGGGGGAAAAUGUGCCCUGCUGCUUGGAGCCAGCUGCGGCUCCCCCUGGACCCCCCUGGGCACCCAGCAACACCUCCGAGAAUUGUACCUCUGGGAGGAGACUAGAAGGCACUGACCCAGGAACCUUCUCAGAGAGAGGACCUCCUCUUGAACCCAGGAGCCAAACGGUGACCGUGGACUUCUGCCAGGAAAUGACUGAUAAGUGUACAACUGACGAACAGCCCAGGAAAGAUUACACCUAGUGACUCGGCUUUGCCUCCCAGUCCGCACACCUCUCCCAUCCAGGCGUUCUUCAGUCAGCCUGUGGCACUGUUCAUCUGCUGUGCCGAAGAAACCGAGAACACAUUUGGUGCACACUACAGCGGUCUUAGCAGCAAUACUGUUCCGAAGUAUUCUCUCCUCUUCUCGAGCAGGAGUGAUAGUUACCUUCACAAUGGUGCUACCCCUUGCCCAGGCAAGGAAAGACAGCAGUGAUGACACUGUCUGUCUGUGGCUCAAUUUCAGUCUUCACAGGGAUAGACUACAACACCUCUAGGCCCCAACCACGGAUUUUUUUUCUCAGUGGCCCAUGUCACAAACCCUAUCUCAGGAAUUUCUUCUGAAUGUUCAAUUUUUUUCAUUGAAGACAGCUUCUAUACACAUCAAAGUUUUAUAGCUAGACUGUACAUAUUAUAUAUAAUAUAUAUAUAAAAUAUAUAUAUAUAUAUAUAUAUCCAUAUGCAAAAGUCCUGCAUGCCUCAACUUUCUCAUCCUAAAACUGGAAACUUAUUUCUCAUUUAGAAACAGGUUCCAACAUUCCUCUUCUUUUGUCUCUGAUGCUAGAACUAGUUUGGUAACUGUUAACAUGGUCAUUUUUCUUGCUUCACAGUUCAAUUUUCAAUUUGUACUUAUUUAUGGACAAAAUUCAGUGUUGGAAGCUUUUUCCCAAGGUUUUAUUUCAGAUUUCUUUUUUGUUUGGUUUGGUUUUGGCACCGCCAAGUGGUGUCAUUUGAGCAUUGUGGGUUUGUUUUUUGUUUGGGGGGUUUUGUUUGUUUGUUUUUGUUUUUGUUUUUGUUUUUUCCUUGCAGAUACUGUACAGUAAUGGUCAACUUUGCCACUUGCACUGAGUUUUGGGUCAAACCUAUUUUCUUAAAUGAAGUUGUAACUUCGGUAUAACUCAAGUAUACUGUAUAUUCUUUGCUUUUAGUUAAAAAAGUAAAACAUUUUAGCGAAUUAAAAAGCACUCAGGUGAUAAUUAUGUAGGAAAAACAAUCUUGCCAAAUAAUGAAUUCAUCCUAGGAUGUGUAGACAAUAAUCUGCUUGAAUAUUUUUAUAUUUCAUCUCCUCCCCACCUUUCCCUAAGCAAAGUUUAAAUGCAGAUAGAGAGUUCAGAGUUGAUGCUGGAUGUUCAGAUUCCUAAGUGGGGAGAGACUUUGGACAUCUCACUCAAAAGUACAUCAGAAAAACAGGAAUCCGUGAUUUUAUACCAGAACUCAGCAGGCAUUGGCUCCUAGAAAUCAAGUCAGAACGUUUUCACCCUGGGGGUAAGUCCCAUUCAUUUCAACACGUCCUGAGGCCUCGGCUUGCUCUCGGAAGUGUUGUGCAGUAGGACCUGCUCCCCUGAAGGACGGGGCCAACCAGCCACUGGCUUUCCUGCCCAGGCUCAGCCUCCCAGGACAUCUGGCCUGAGGGGAUUUGAAUCACAGCCCCGAAGGUCCUGCCUUCACCCCGUUGGGAGAGAGCAGGGCAUCCUGGCAUCUGCGAUCCAUCCCUGACACAGGCUGACACAUUCUUUCUCCUUUUGUUCUCCAAAGGCUUGGAGUUUUCUUCUGAGGUUUUUCUGCCAGUGUCUUGUCUGAAGGCAGACUUCAUUCUGAGGCUUUGGACAAGCUAUCACCGGGAACCCUCCCUGUCCCCUUCCCAAAUCACACACAUACCCUACCCUCACCUGAUGAUAAUUUUCUCUUCUUGCUGCAAAACUGGUUGGCUUGCAACCCAGAGAGAGCAGCUUCCCUUGGCUCUGGGGCCGUGUUGGCCCCAGCCACGUUUACAGGAAGGUGUGCCCCAGAGGAGGAGGAAUCAGCUCCCUCGCUCCAGUGGCCUUGGGUCCGGGUCUCGCUGAGCAGCCCAAGGGCCACUCCAGCCCGGCUGGGGAAGAGAGUCCUAAACGGUUUGAUGUGGGGAUGGGGUGGUGGUGGGCGGUGGGGAAUAGAUGGUUGACUUUGUUUCUUUAUUUGUGCCAUUGUUUGGACAAUAUUAAAGCUGCAUGUAAAAGGGGAAAUUAGUAUAUGAUGUAGGCUAAAAGUGAAAUCAUAGUAACAUAUGUUUUAGUAUUAUUAACUUUUUUCUGUACAAAUAUUAGCACUAAAUGUUUAAAUAUGUAUGAAUGCCAGAAAUUUGUCAGUUCAUGCAGUAGGAUAAAAAAAAAAAAAAAAAAAAAAAAAAAAAAAGCUUUUCUUUUUAAACAGUUCCACUUUUAAAACCUGCCUCUGGGUUUUUGUUUUUUCUUGUGUUUGUGUGUGUGUGUGUGUGUGUGUGUGUGUGUGUGUGUGUGUGUGUGUGUGUGCUUGUCUGAAACAGAUCUUGAUAAAGCUCUGUGUUGGAGCUGCUGGUUUUUGUUAUGGUUGUUGGAAUUUCUUGGCCUACUAGGACAGUUCUGUGCUUCACCGUGAGGUUUGCCUUUGUGGAGAACUGGUGACAGCGAGAAUAUAAACUCAAUGUGAAUCACGUGAUACUUCACAGGCGUGUGUUAUGGUGGAGUCAGCUGACAGUAUUUUGCUUUUUAACUCUAUUGUUGCCUUUCCAAGGGACCUCUCCUCUUCUUUUAAAAAAAGAACACUUUCUCCUCGUAUCAUAACCAGGUCCAACCCAGCUUCUUGGCAUGAGGUUUACCCUGGUAACAACUCAUGUGCAACUGGUAGUCUUGACCACAUUCCAUCCAUUUCCCCAGGUUUCUGUGGUUCAGUAGCCCAGACCUGUUUGGCAGCCAUUUCUAGGAGGGGCACGGUCUCUAUUUCUCUCCACCCUAACUCAGACCUCACCUUCCUCCCACCCAUCCCUGCCUUGCUUUUCUUCUUCUUCCCCCAGCCUAACUUCUGCCAUGGGAACUGGUUAAAAACACUGCUCUAAAAACCAUCUUCCAAUUUUGUAGAGAUUUCUAACAAGUUAUUUCAUUCAUAAUCCACCAUGAACAGUGACUAGCUUCGUGCAAUUGUUCAUGUGAUGUGUGUGUGUCUUUUCCUAUUCAGAACUAUGUGCUUGUCAAAAUUAUUUCUGGGUUGAUUCAAAGGGAGGACUUGCGGGGGACCAGAGUCCAAAUGGCCUCAAGAGGAAUUUUAAAACCCAGCCUGUCUCUUUUCUCUGGGAUCCCUCAGUCAACCCCAUGCCUUUUAGGAAAAAGAAAAGCUAGUGAACAGCAAGGAAGAGUGUUUGCACAGUACAGUAACAUUUGGUUGUUCUUAAUGCUCUUUUCUUAGAAAAAUAAGAGAUCCUCCAACCACGGGCUGUUUAGGAGGAUGCCUGCUUGGGUCUCCAAAUGGCUGGGGUAGGAAUGGUUGUUGGGGCAGAGCCAGUGGAGGUGACCCUGAGACUAAUGAACAUCCCACCUAAAUCCAGUCCUCCCCUUGGGUCUGCCUUUGUCCUGCUUGUGUCUCUAGGCAACCUCUCUUCAAGUUGGUCAGGCUUUGGGCAGGUGAGUGGUUUGCUGUAUGUGUUUGUUUCUCUGCGUUACCUGGGGGUGCCUUGAUUAAAAUUGAACUUUAUUACAUACUGAUUCUGGAACAAAACAGUUAGAAAAACUUUAAAAAAAAAAAAAAACCGACAAAGUUAUGAGGCCAUCCUGCUAUUUCUCUUCUGAGUUCCCAGCAAUGACUCAGGCAUCAGAGAUGAUGCUGCAGUGGGAAACCUGACUGUGUGUGUCUGCAACUGAAUGUUGUGCGAGUAAUUUAUUAACUGUCUUUCUAAAGGUUUGCUGCUUUUAAGAUGCACUAUAAUUCGGGAUGUAAUCCUUAUAUUGCUUUUCCAAGGAAGUGAACAAAAGGCUAGUGAUUAGUAUGCCAACUGCCACGACUCCUUCAAAAGGAGCCAGGACCAGCGUCAAGACUCAUGAGAGGACUGGCUAAAGUGAAGUGUGCACAGUGUGAAGUUGAAUGCUGUUGUCAAGAGGCCUAAACCCACAUUUUCUCUUUCAAUAUUUUAUGAUUGCCAUCAAAGAAGAAGAAAAGGAACAGACAAAGAUUUGAAAAUGAUAAGCCUGUUAAGACACCAAAAACUCCUGUCCCAUGAAGCUGCUUGACAUCCUGUGGAGUAGCAUAAUCCUCUCAAAAUGAGGAAGAGCUGCCUGCAAAGCUUUCUCAAGUCCCUAUUUGGCUACCUACUUCUCUACAUUAUGCCCCAUUUAAACUAGGAGCUGUUUUAGAAAUGACUUCAAACUGCUCCACUGUUGCUUACAGUUUAGGAAGAGUCUCAGAUCCAGAAGGAGCAAGAAUCAAGUUUGGUCCUCAAAUGACUGUAAAUAGACUAAAGAACAAGGUGUUUUUUGUUUUUGUUUUUGUUUUUGUUUUUUAAGAAUAAAGCUGUUUGUUGUAUCAUGAGUUAGUGUGUCUUCCCCAAAUUGAAGACUGUGUUGGAAGUGCAAUUUCUGGUGAGUCAGU